AUGGACACCAUUGAGAACCAGAUCACCAUCCUUGAGCUACUCGAGAUGUCCAUUCAGGACAUCUCGGGUGACGAGCGUUAUACAUCUGUAUGCCUAUACACGGAUCAGCUCGUCCUCACAUCGGAUAGCAGCGACCUGCCUUUUGCUGCCGCGGCUUCACGACUUGGAUGCGAAGUCGCAGUGAAGGCUAGGACGAAGGCUGUCGAGGACACCCUUCGCUGUUUCAAUGUGGAGAACGGUGUAGAUAUCUCCGGCUCCCAGAUACCCAUUGUCCCAUGCAUUGAUGCCUUGGACAAUGCAUACUUGUAUGAUGGCGCGCUGGUGGUAAGCACAGACCAUAAUAUCAACAGUCAGAAUGCUCACGAUGGGGGACAGCGCGAUGAACAGGUACUUGUCGUCUGGUGCGACAAGACGACUGCCAUCGUCGAGCAGUAUCGACGAACGGAGCACCGUCUCCGCCACCUCGUCGGUGAUUGUAAGUGCGAUGGCGGUCGAGACACCUCCAACCAAAAUGCUAGCGUCGAGAAUAGACGGUACACCCAGUAUGCUGGGUACGAAGGUAUCUUCGAUGAGGACGUACAAGAGCGCUUGCUAGCGCAAAAUCCUGACCCGUUGGGCGUGAUCCCAAAGGAACUUCCUGCAGUGGACCCUGCACUCACGCUCGCGGAUCCAUCUGUCGGGUCAUGGGUCGGAUCCCAACCCGGCCGCACUAAGGGGCGCAAACUCAAGGCGCCGACAAAGGCCGCGAUGAGUGGCGGUGUGAGAAAGUCACAAGGCAUACAGGACAGGACAGCUUGUGUAUCUCGCGUGGCCAUCCCUGGCCCACGUACAAUGGGCAAGAACAAGACACACAUGAGAUACGACAAUACCCCCAUCGACAUGGGCGCAGAUGACGAUACUGACAGCGGCUCCGACAGUAAUGAUGAGUAUGCAGAUGGGCUCACCAGAAGGCGAACAAAACGCGCACAUGCUGUGCCCGAUGCAGAAGCAUACGCGACUCGGUCUCGCGGCCGAGCAUCACAGUCGGCAAGCGAAAGACAUCAGCAGCACCUCCCUCUGAGGUCGACAGCCGGACAAAGGGGUGGUGGGUGUCGGCAGUCCUCGCACCAGACGUCGCAGGGCACUUUAGAGACCCAAGAGCCUUCUUCACGGAUCACCGCUGCGGAGGAGGAGACUUGGAGUGCAAUGGACGACGGUAUAAAGGAGGGCUACGCUGGCCCUUCAACUGCAACUCGAGGGGUAAAGCGCCCAUCGCAACUCAGCCAUAGGUCGAAGCGAAAGAGUUUCAGCGCUGACUGCAACGACAUCAACGUCUGCAAUGUGAAGGAUAAGAAGCAAAAGACAGCGUCUUCUGCGCCUGCACAGAAGAAGGGAUUCUUUUGCCCUCGGAAGGAAUGUGGACAUCAGAGCUUUGAUCGCUACCACGAAUUUCAUCGGCAUCUGCUGGGCUGUCUUGACAUCAAGCAAUUCGUAUGUGACUGCCGCGGAAAGACCUGGGCGCGGAAGGAUGCAAGAGACCGACAUGUUAAAGAGACAGGCUGCAAUGGCUCACAGGACUCUACUGGCGAUGGCGGUGAAGCGAGCACACAGAUCGACGAAGUCAAUGAUGCUGCAAUUCACUGGCGGGCUGCAGAGCUUGGUAUGAGCAUGGAGAACCUGGUAUACGUGCUGGGAUUCCUAACUGACAUUGACGGCUAUAUUACUCCGAGGCAGCGGGUAGAUGGCGACGAAGCGGGGAAAUACCACGCACAUGUUUGCUGUCUGAUGCGCCGCUUCAUUCGUUUGUCUCAAUGA